AAAUCAGAGAUGAUAGGGGAGGCAACAUGUUGUAACUUAUGCAGAGAUGGUAAGAAGACAAGGCAAGCCAAAAGCGACAGAUGAGUUGGAGGAGAACGAAGGUUCAAGAGGAGGGAGACAAAGGGUUGCCGGUAGAUUAAUAGGAAAUGUGAGAGGGGGUCAACAUGCUGUAACUUAUGUAGAGAUGGUAAGAAGACAAGGCAAGCUAGAAGUGACACAAGAGUUGGAGGAGAAUAAAGUUCCAAGAGGAAGGAGACAGAGGGUUGCCACUAGAUCAAUAAGAAAUGGGAGAAACAAAAGAUGGUUACCCAAGCAUCAAGCACAAAUUUGGUUGGGGUUGGAAUUCAAUAUUAAUAUAGACGAGUUUUCUUGGUUGGAAAAAUGCUAUGUCAGAACAAUUUUUUCAGAGAACAUAAUACCAAACUUACAGGAGAAAUUUUACAUAGAGGGAGUUUUCUACUGUAACAUAAGAGCUAUGGGAGGAAAGCUUGUUCUUUUGGAAGGUAGGGAUUCUGAAGAUCUGAAGGCACUUGUUGAGACAGGACAAGAUUGAAGCAUGGAAGAUGAAGAUGAUGUUGACAUGGAAGACAUAAUGGCUGAGGUGGCUAAACAAAUUGGUGAGGUGGCAGGUGAAGUUGAUGAUAACAUGGAAGACACAACGUAUGAGAUGGCUAAAACGGAGAAGAUUGGGAUAAAUGUGGAGGAAGAAGUACAAUCUUCAAAUUUGAAUAACCUAGAGCUUGGAGUAGUUGUUAAAAUAGCUGAUACAUGUGCAGCCAAAAAUAGUGGCGAGGUGGGUCUAGUUGACGGCUCGAGUAUAGUGGCAUUUAUGAUUAAUGGCGUUGGGAGUGAGAAUCAUGUACUCUGCAUGGCGGCUAAAGGAAGUAAUGAGGAAGAUUUGAAUAGAGAUGGCUGCUCAUUAAUUGGUGAUGGGAGAAGAGAAACCGACUCUAUCAGUGAUUUAAAAAUGGUUGCAAUUUCGAUGCAUGCAAAUGAAGAGUUAUUGGAGGGGGUUGGGUUUACUUGUCUUAGGGAUGCAAAAAGAACUGUAACAGCAUUAUGGGAGCAAGUGAAGGUUCUUGGGGUUACAGUGAAAGGAGAUGAACAUGUGAUUUUGGAGAAAAUACAAGACUUGGAAGUCAGAGAUAAGGAGGAAAAAAAGAGAGGAAAUGGCCAAAUCGAAAAGCAAGGACCAGAAAUUCCAAGGUUCAAGAAUCUAGUUACAGACAAAUGGAAACAGUUUGAGGUGAAAGGGUGGGGCGGCUAUGUACUGAAAGAAAAACUGAAGCUUUUGAAGGGCUUUUUAAAGACUUGGAGUAAGGAGCAUGGAGUGGAGGUGGAUGAGAAAAUAGAAAGAGCUAAAUCUAAAUUAGCAAGACUUGAUUGUAAAGGUGAAUUUCAACAGUUGGAUGCAGAGGAGAUUAUAGCUAGAAGGAACUACACUAAAGAUCUGUGGGUGAACAUUCGACUAAAGGAAGACAUGCUACAACAAAAAUCGAGGUUAAUAUGGUUAAAGGCUGGUGAUGCAAACACGAGGUACUUCCAUAGAAGCAUCAAAGGGAGAUGGCGUAGAAACCAAAUUAACUCUUUGUUAGUCAACGAAGUAGAACUAACAGGUGUUGAAGAGCUCAAAGAUUGGGCAGCCAAUUAUUUUAGAGAAUUGUUUAUAGAGGAAGGGUGGCAGAGACUAGUUUUGGAUGGUGUUAACUUUAAACCCUUAGCAUUCACAGAUAUGGCAAGUCUCACUAAAUCUUUUACUGAGGAAGAAGUCAGAUCUGCAGUUUGGGAAUGUGAUAGUGCGAAGGCUCUUAGACCCAAUGUAGAGGAGCUUAAUGGUAUUGUCAAUGCAGCAACCUCAAAAGGCCAGUUUAAAGGAGUACAUAUUGGACGAGGGGAUUUAUGCAUCUCACAUUUACAAUUUGCAGAUGACACGUUGUUGAUGGGAGAAGCCACAAAGGAUAAUGUGUGGACAACAAAGUGUAUUAUGAGGGCCUUUGAAUUAGCUUCUGGAUUGAAGAUAAAUAAUGGCAAAAGUUCACUUAUAGGAGUGAAUGUGGAUAAAGCAUGGGAGCAAAGGAUGUCGUAUCUCCUGAACUGCAGGCUGAUGGUAGUUAUUGAAGAACAACAAUUGACAUAUGGCAAGCAAGAUGAAUGGUCUUGGAAGAUGGGCAAAACAGGGCACUGCACUGUAAAGACAACGUAUGAGAUCCUUUCAAAUAGAGAGGAAGGUGGUGUGGUGAACUAUAAAAAGAUGUGGAAGUCCUCAAUACCAUCCAAGGUGGUAGGGAUUGACAACUGUGUUGAGCAACACCUGUUUGUCUAUGUUUCACCAACACUGGUGGAAUGGAGGAAAAAGGAUAAAUAAAGCUUGGAUGGCAAUUUGGUUUACUGUGGUGUGGACUCUCUGUGGCUGGGUAGAAAAGAUAAGGUGUUUCAGGAUCUUGAGGUUAGCGCAAAUAAGCUAUUUGAUUUUAU